CGAUUUUCGCGCGAUUCUACAUGCGACGAUCACGUGACCUGUCAUGUGAUUCGCUUCAUUCGAGCGGUGACGAAGUUCAACGCGGUCCGGUUUCGCGUUUACCUUUGCGAUGGCAGACAACUCGAAACGGGAGAAAUACUUUCUCUACAACAGCCUGUCAAUCCUGUUGAAGGCCGUGGAGAAGAAACGAACGAUGAUAGAUCUGCGGAACGAGGCGACAGUCCUUGGCAUCGUCGAGCAGGCCGACGCGUACAUGAACGUCGUGAUGAGGGAUUGCAUCUUCACGGAUCCACGUGGGGAUUCCUUCAAGUACGACAUGUUCUUCGUGCAGGCGAGGAACAUCCGCUGCGUACACAUCCCACCGAGCAUACGGAUUAUACCAGCUAUCAUGGAACAGUUAAAGCGAUUAAGUCAUUCUUCGAGGGAAAUGACAGGUACGAAGUACACUUACAAAGCCAAACGUGCCAAACAGAGACAACAGGAAGGCCUUGCUGCUGUCAAACAAAUUUUAGAGAGCAGAAAUACAACGAAAGACUACAAAAAAUGAAGAUAAAUGAAAUCUGUAAAAAAUUAAUUUAUUCUGAUUUUAUAUUAUUUAUCUUACAAAUCCGAAUAAUAUU